UCUCCCAAAUGGGAUAUUUUUCAUCAUCAAAUCCUUCAUCUUACCUUCAUUAUUAUCAAUUCCUCCUCAAAAUAUUCCUUCUUAAUUUGAUGUUACAAUCAGCUAACUCCAAUAAGAUAGAUUUACAUCAAUUAGUUUUCACAACAUGUAUUACUCAAAACCAAACAUUCCAAAAUUAUGAUAGUAUUUCAAAGUUAUCAAUUGCUUCAUCUCUAUUUCAAGAAUUUCUUGAUAAGUCCUUAGAAUCAAAGUUUUUUGAGACUUAUGCCGGGGAUGAAAAUAUAGCCAUCUUGGGAUUAUUUCAGUGCAGAAAUGACCUUAAUUACAAUGAAUGUCAUAUUUGCACAAAUAGACUUGUUGACAUUUAUAGCCAUUUUUGUGGAGAAAGACUCCCUGCUAGAGUUCAACUCUCUGGCUGUUAUUUGGAUUACAAGGCAGAGGAAGAAAGGGAGAUUUCUAAGCUUCAAAUGCUUCAUAAGGUCUGCAGCAGAAAAAAGGCGAAUUCGCGUAGCUUUUUGGAGGAAAUGAGCUAUGCAUUUGCUGAAAUUGAGAGCUGUGGAAUGAAUGGAAAUGGAUUUUGUGAUUUGAGUUAUGGAAAAGUUCAUGUCAUGGCACAAUGUGUUGGGAAUUUAGGUGGUUGUGAUUGUGGUGAAUGUGUGCACAAAGCAGUGCAAAUUGUUCAUGAUGAAUGUGCAUAUUCUUUAGCUGGUGAAGUGUAUUUGGAUGGAUGUUAUUUGAGCUAUAACUAUGGUAAAUAUAAGAUUUCUCAUGAAGGGAAAGGAUCUAAGGAAGGUACACAGAAAUUGGCAGCAAUCGUAGCAGGAGGCAUAUUGGCUGCUAUUUUGUUAGGUGCAGUUUUUUACUUCAUGAAGUCUUGUGGCAAGAAGGAUGAUGAUUAUUGGUGAACCAAGAUGGAGAGUGGGUUUGAACUUAAUCAAUGGGGUAGUCACAAGAUACGAAACUGAGUGGGUUUAAUUUAUUCAAUAGAGAAAUUUAGUUCUUAUCUCCUACAUUAUUUCCCUUAUUAUGUAUAUAUAUA